AUGGCAACAGAAGAACAAGAACUUACAGGUGAUUUAGGAUACAAUGGAUUCUCAGUCUCAUUAAACUAUUUCACAUCCUUACCUGAUAUCACCACAAUCCAUUCACCCGAAUUAACAGUCAUCCUCAAAUCUCUUCUUAAGAAAGAUCCCAAAACGAAAGAAAAAGCAUUAACAGAUCUCCUUUCAUUAUUAGACAAUAAUAAGAACGACAUAUGUAAUGAUUUAACGAUCAUGGCUUGGAUCCAAAUCUAUCCAAAAUUAGCAAUUGAUAAUUCUAGAAAUACAAGAUCUAUGGCACAUUUAGUCCAAACCAAAUUCUUAGAAAUCGUAGGUGGGAAAUCCUAUUCAAAAUAUUUGAAAAGUUCAAUACCCGUAUGGUUAUUAGGACUCUUUGAUCCCGAUCGUUCGGUUUCAAAUUCGACAUAUCUGAAUCUUGUCCAAUCGUUUCAAGGAGAUCGACAAAAAGUUGAUGAAUCGGUUUGGAUUAUCUUUAUUGAACAAAUUGUGAAUUUUAUUGCCACAAUUGUUAUAAUUGAAACUCCGGAGACUUUGUCUGAUAAACGAUACACUAAUGAAUCUGAAGUUGGAAUGAAAUAUGAGAGAGUAUUGAUGGGUGCUGUGAAUAUGUUGAUGAAGAUCAUUUCAUUGGUCAAUUGUGAAAAAUUGAAAUUGGAAAGUUCUUCUAUUAAGAUAAUUGAAAGAAUAUUGAAUCAAGAUGUCGUUUGGGAGAAAUUGAGUAGUUGCGUUAAGGAGGAUACCAUGAAUUUAGCUUUGUUUAAGACAGUUUUAACCCUCAUCUUAAGAAUAUUUGAUAUGAAACAAGAUAACAAGUUCAUCACCCAACUUGAAGAUCCAAAUGGAUUAUACAAAACCAUAUCUAAAAAAUUCAUGAAGACAAAAUUAAAACAAAGUUCAAAAUCAUCAGUUGGGAGUAUCGUAUAUUCAAACGUUGUCUUACAAUUCUGGAGCACCAUUAUCGUCUUGACUGAUUUUAGUCAACAAGCAGGUAGUUCCGGUUUAAAGACAAAGAAAAACUUUUGGGAAUUGGCGGGAAAUAAAGCUCAAUCUAGGUUUUAUGAAUAUUUGAAGAUUGGUCAUUGUAAUCUGGAUCCAAGUUAUUAUAAUAUCAUCUCCAGUUUUUUCCAAGUUUUAUUCAGGUUAUCUAAAGACAACCAAGAUCCAGAAUCAAAUUUAGUUGAUUUUUCAAGUGACGAGGAAUAUAAAUAUAUUACCAACUUGUUCUUAAAACAAUUCAAUUCAAACCAGGGACGAUUCAAACCAGCUUGUUUAGAUUGCUUAUUCUCAAUAACGAUAUAUUUCCAAGUGGAUAGUACUGUCAAAGAGUCAACAAUGGAAGGAGUUGUGAUAGACGUGUUGAAAGAAAUACUGGCAAGUAGAAUUAAGAGCAUAUCCGAUGACAUUGUGGCAACUAUACAUAAAGCUGGCGUUUCCCAUGAAGUGUUUGAAAAGGUAAAUGAUGACAUUUUGGAAUAUAUCACUAUUUCAACUUUAAAAACAAGUCUUGAACUUAAAGUUCCGGAAGAGAAAUUCAUUCAAUCCUACUUCCAACUACUUCAAAAGCUAGACCUUGUCAAAUUGAUAGAACAUAUCGUCAAGGAAACGAUCGUCAAUCUUCAACAGUUAUUCGACCCAGCACUGGCAGAACUCCCAUUCAAGAUCAUAUCUAUCUAUUUAGAUUCAACUACUACUCCAAUUCCAGAGCUUGCCGAGUUUAUUUCUGAAUUACCAAGCUACAUUGAACCUGACUUCGUUUCCCAACCCAUCAAUCUUUUAUCGACCGCUGUUGCCAAGAGCAUCGUUGAAGAUCCUCUGGAAGUCAUAAACGACGUCUACUUGAAACUCUCAAUGGUCAAGCCAACAAGCAUCAACAAAUUCCUCGAAACUUUAAAGGGAGUAGUUAAAAUCGAUCAAACUCAUUUUGGAGAUAUUUAUGCCCAUUUAUUGACCAUUUCAACAAAACCGGAGGUAUCAAAGAGUGAAAUUGAAUUGUUAUUAGGGUUGACUGAUUCUUCAGAAAUCUUAACAAAUGUGAUUGGAACAGCUGCUAAGAAUGAGACAUCUAGAUUGGAUUUCAUUGAGCUUUGUAUGACUGAUGGAUGUGCGGAUCGUUUAAUAAACGGAGAAGGAUGUUCUGAGAUACAAUUGAAGAAGUUCUUAGUAAGUGCUUGGAAGAAUGUGGAAUCGAGAUCGUCCUGCGGUGAGUUUUUGCAGUUUAUUAAGAACGAGAAACAAGAUGUAUUUAUAGAGUCAUUGAUUGAAUAUUUAGGAGAAGCAAAUAUUGAUGAUAAUUUCACCCAAGUUUCCAACAUCGCCAAGGGAACUCCAAUUUCGGCGGCUUUGUCCGAAAGAGUUAAACACAUUGUGAAUCAUAUGGAUAUAUACUCCAUAUCAAUGUCAAAUCCAUUAGAACUGGCAGCAUAUUUAUGCACAGCAAGAUCAACGCCAGAAGUAUUUCCAAUCGGUCCAAUAUUCGCGAAAUUCUUACUGGAAUUAAUCCAAAAUCUGAAUGUAGAUAUUGAUGAGGAUAUAAUUGUCCAAGCGGCAUUAAUAAGGGAAUAUGUUUCCGACUACGUCUUUGUUCAAGACUCUCAGAAGUUCGAUUUUGAGAAAGUUUCCAAUGCUCUUUCUGAAUUAGAGAGCAGUAUUUCCGCUAGAUUGAGGAUAGAUUUUGAUACUAUUGCAAGUUGUAUUAAUGGAACCGCUACUUCUCCAGUAUUUACGAAAUUAGUUGAAUUGUCUAACGGGAAUGAUACGGUUGCAUUCUAUGCUUCUAGAAUUAUCAAAAAGUUGAUCGAGACUUCAAUCGAACAAGAAAGUUUCCAAUCCUUUGAAGCACACAAUAUCAAUUAUACCAAAUUAGUCAAGACCCCAUUAUUAUUCAUAGGUGUAAUUUCUGGUUUAUCCAAAUUCCUUCAUUCAAAGACACUUGACCGGAUUAGGAAUUAUGUCUUUUCAGAAAUCUUAGGAGUCAGAAAAGAAUCCGAUAUCAUACUGGCCGGAUUAAAAUGGGUGACAUUCACGAUCUUAUUCUUGAAUUUCGACGAUGCUGAACAACGAAAAGACCUCUUCCCGGUACACAAAUUAACCAUGGCAUUAAAUCAAAUAUCGUCCUGGUUUGAAUCUUCUAUAGCCUAUGAUCCUGAGUUCACCGAUGUUAGAAUCCAAGCAGGGAGAUUCUUGGGAUUGCUCGCCCAACACCAGGCAACAAUUCCUGAUAAUUUCUGGGAAGUGACGAAUACUAUUUUACGUGAUAACUUAGGCAUGGUUGGAACUUCUGAUCGUAUUGAUUUGAAAUAUUAUUCCUUGAAGGUUUAUGGCUUAUUGCAUAGACUAGAGCAACAAUUAUUGGAGAACUAUGAUGAGGAAUUGCUUGAGAUUUUCUUGAGUGAUGAUAAUGUUAGUGUUGGGAUUGAGAACCAAGCUUCAGUAUUGAAUCAACAAGUUUUAUCAAGAGCACUUGAACAGACUAAGAUAUCUACAGGAAAUAUCAUUCAAGAAAAAGAGAAAUUGUUGCUGGUGUUUGUCGAGACUGAUUUGGUACCGAUAUUGCGAAUUUCGAGUUUUUAUUUAAGAAAUAUUAUAUUAAGACAGCAAGAAGAUUUCGUGGUGGAUUAUCAAUUACAAAAAUCCAAGUUGAGUGAAGAUGAACAAGAAGAUGAUGUGAUUCGUGCAAUCUUACCUGAUGAAUUAUUACGGGUUGCUCGUGAUUCGAAGUAUCAUACUACCCAUGUUGAAAAGGAAGCGGAUAUUGUCAAGUAUUUAUGGAGUUGGUAUUUGAUUUUCACUUAUUUUGAAGAUAUAACAUUCAAAAUGCGUGGAGAAUAUGUUUCACAAAUUACAACCGACAAGAAUGAAUUGAAUGGAUUAUUUGAAUUUAUAUUUGAACAUAUUGAACAACUUUCGGACAAAUUUUUCAAGACUUUAAUAACUAAUGAUGAUAUUAAAACUAAUACUAUUCCCGAUUAUGAUUUAGUUGAAUUGCCAAAGAAGGAAGAUUUGGAUUAUGAAAUUAGGUUUUUAUGUGUUCAUACUUAUUAUAAAUGUUUACGUUAUUGUGGAUCUCAGGUUCAGUAUUGGUUUAAAGAAAUUAGAGAUAAACAGCUCAAAACUAAAAUUGAAAAAUUAACUUCAACGUACAUUUCACCUAUUUUAAUAACCAAAAUUCUCACCCAAGUCACUGAUCAAAAAGAUAAAAUCCAAAACCAAGAAGAAAACAUGAAUAUCAAAAUCAACACGAUUACGUCUGAGAUUAAAACUUCAUUUGUAAUUGACGACCAGAAAAUGGAAAUGAUAAUCAAGAUCCCCAAAAACUACCCAUUGGAAAAUGUAUCAGUAGAAGGUCCUCUCCGUCUAGGUGUCAAAGAAACCCAAUGGAAAUCAUGGCUAUUGGCUUCUCAACGAAUCAUAUCAUUGACAAAUGGAUCCAUUAUCGAAUCGAUUGAAUUGUUUUGUAAGAAUGUCAAAUUGCAUUUCUCCGGUUUUGAAGAUUGUGCAAUUUGUUACUCAAUUUUACAUUCUGAUUUAUCAUUGCCGUCAAAGACAUGUUCUACUUGUAAUAAUAAGUUCCAUGCUGCAUGUCUUUAUAAAUGGUUUAAGAGUUCAGGUAGUAGUACUUGUCCACUUUGUCGUUCUGCAUUCAAUUUCAGAGUUUCUAGAUCGUAG